GUGUCCGUCGUAGGGGCACUGUUGUGUUGCCGCCAAAUUAUUAUACAAUUUUUACCAAAAAAAAAAAAACGCUUCCCCCUAAAUUUAGCAUUUUGUCAGUGUUUUUUUAUUUUCUCGUGUUGUGCUGGUUUUUUUUUCUUUCAAAAAAGAAAAAAAACCUAUUUAUAAUUUCAUUUCAAUGCAAAAAGUAAAUGAUAAAUGUUAAUCCGCAUUAACAUUUUAAUUUGCGGACUUAUUUUUUCAUUUUCACACAUUUAUUGAUAGCAGGAAUGCCAAAUAUUUGUUUCCUGUGUGCCAGUGACGAAGGAAUUUUCCUCGACAUAUCGGAGGACAAAACCUUUUUCAACAAAAUUGAAACAUGCUUAUCAUUAAAGGCUUCUAAGGACGAUGCUCUAUCGACCAAGAUUUGCCAUAAAUGCGCAUACGAGGUUGAUAAAUGUUACGAUUUUGUACAUAAAUAUAAAGAUUCACGUAAAGAGUUAGAGAAAAGUUACAAGAAAAGAAAAUCGAAUUGCUUCUUUUGUCAGGAAGCAGCGAGAAAGGGUUAUUUUUUUAAUUUAAAAAAAACUAAUCAACUCAACGACGCUUUUGAUAAAAUUUAUUAUCUCUUUGAUGAGUUGAGUGAUGAGACAGACAUUUUUAUCUGUUUAGUCUGCCGUUAUUCGAUUGAUCUACUUUUUGAUCUUCAAACUGUAUCCGAGGAAGUUUCGGAGAAAUUACACAAAGUUAUCGACGAAGGAAUUCGAGUUGAUAAAUUAACAAAGACAAAAACAACAAUUGUACGUCGCAAAACGACACGCGUGAGAAGUCCAAGAAUUGGAUUACAAACAAUUUCCGACACGGAGAGUGAUUCAAGUAUAAUGGCGCGUAAUUCAAGAAAGAUACAAACAACAGAAACUGGUAAAAUGGAGAAAAAAAUACGAAAUCGUUUUUGCGAUGAAUGCCAGUCGGAAACGGAAAAAGGCGUCGAUAUGUUUCGUAUUCAUCGUACAGGACGAACUGUAUGUAAAACAUGUUGGAUAACAAUGGAUCCAGAAAAAAUAAUUGAACGCAAUAAACGUAAAAGAAAUUCAAAUGAUGCCGAUAUUGUAUCGUGUAAAGUAUUUCUUAAAGAUGUUUUACAUAAUUCAAAUAAAAGUAAACCAAAACCAUUAAGAAUGACAAAACAUGAUAAAAAUGAUAAAGACAACAAAAGUCAAAUAAAUUAUAAUCGAAAUAAUGACGAAAGUUCAAGUAGCAGUAGUAGUAAUAAUAAUAAUAAUAAUAGUAGUAGUAGUAGCAACAGCAAUCGAUCUAGUACAAAAACAAAGGCACAACUUAAAGAAUUACCCGAAAUUAAAGAGACAACAAAUGUUCGUUUACCAUCGAGACGAUUGCAAAAUAAAUUACCACCAAAAAAACAACAACGUAGAGAAAUUAUUGACAUAUCGAGUGAUGAGGAUGAAAAAAUUACAAAACGAGGGAGAAAAAUAAUAAAAUCGAAAAAAAUGGAAGCAAUUGAAGAGGCAAAGAAGGAAAUGAAAAAAAAGGAAACUAAAAAAUUCAAGAAAGAAAUAAAAGAAAAGAAAGAAAAAAAAGAAGUGGAAGAAGAAGAAGAAGACGAAGAAGAAGAAGAAGAGAAACCAAGAGAAGUAAGAUCGCAGAGAAUUCGCAAAAGAUUGGAAUCAAAUGAGAAAACAACACAAAAGAAAGGAAUUGAUAAUCAAAAAACAAAAAGAGAUCGUAGCAGUUCUGUUGAAUCAAUUGCAAGUAGUACACGUUCAAGAUCAACAAAAUCCGUUGAAAUUGAAUUACCAACGAAACGAAAUGCAAGAAAACGAAAUGAUUCGAUAACAUCGGUGAGUUCAACAGCAAGUUCACGAAGAGGAACAACGCGAACUAAAAAAAUUAGUGAAUUUAAAAGUCCGCCGAAAGUUAAGAAAUCAAUGGCUAAACGAUCAAAGCCAUUUAAGGAAGUUGAAAUAGUAAAAGAAAAGGAAAUUGAAAAAGAAGAGGAAAUUGAAAUAGAAAAAGAGGAAAUAGAAAUAGAAAAAGAAGAAAUAGAAAUAGAAAAAGAGGAAUUAGAAAAAGAAACAGAGGAAUUAGAGAAAGAAAUAGAAGAAAAAGAAAAACGACCCCUUACGUGCGCGGCCUGUAAUACAAUAUUUGAAUUAUCCGAGGAUUAUUUUAAACAUCAAAGAAUACAUUUAAAAAAUUUUGACAUUAAACUCGAUCGAGUUCAGAUUGAAAAAAAAAUUAUAAUUUCCGAAAUGAAAGAGCAAAAAAAUGACGAAUCGGAGGAUUAUGAAGUGAAAAAUUCCGAUUCAGGCAAUAGUUCCGAUAAAAACACUGAGGAUGAUAAAAUUGAAUUAUCAUUGGAGAAUAAGGAAAGUGACACGACAAAAAAAUCAAAAACAAAGGGAAGAAAAACUAAAGUUCGUGGUAAAAUUAUAAAGAAUGAGGAAAAAAUUGCCGAUAAUUCUUCUGUAGAAAAUCUUGCCUCAUCUAGUGAAAAAGAAAUAGAAGAAAAUUCAAAAAUCGAAGAAACGAAAAAUCAAGAAGAAAUAUCGAAAAAUGAAGAACAGGAAAAUUUGCAACAAUCGGAAACUGAAAUUCGUGUUCCUGAUGAUGGUUUCGUUAUUCUUGAUACAAGUACCGAAGAUCCAGAAACAAGAAUUAUUCCAAGUUCCAUUUCCAAUUCCGAGGAACAAAAUUCCGAAGAAACUGAAAUUGAGACGAUAAAUCACGAAAUUCCUAAGGAAGAUGAGAAAAAAGAUGAAAUUCCAGAGGAAAAUAACGAAGAAGAAAAAGAAGAGGAGAAAAAAUCGCCGAAGAUGAAAUCACUAUCGCCAAGAGUGGGAAAAAGAAAAUCGCCAGGAAAAGGGGAAUCAAAAGACAGUUCACACGAUGCAAUAUUGUCGGAUGAUGAAACAAUCGAGAAAUCGCCAUUGAAAAAUCGUUCGCCACGGAAAAAUAAAUCGCCAAUUAAAAAUAAAUCACCUUCAAAGGAUGAUAAAUCAAAAAUUGAAUCACCGAAACUUAAAUCAAGAAAUAAUUCAACGGAUAAUUACGAAGAAGAAAGAAAAGAAGAAGAAGAAGAAGAAGAAGCAACUUCAGUGGAUAAUGAAACGGUAUUAGUGGAAGAUAAAGAAACGACAAAAGAAGAAAGUAAAAUAGAAUUGGAAAAUACGGAAAAUACAGAAAAUUUGAAAAGCGCAGCAGAAGUAGAAAAUACAGAAAAUAUCGAAGAAAAUAUAGAAACAAAAAUACAAGAUGAAAAAGAAUUAUCAGAUUCUGCAAAUGUAUCCGAAGAUAAAGAGAUAAAUUCCACGGACAAUGAAUCUUUAAAUUCACAAAAAAUUGUAUCGUCGAAUCAAUUGUCAUCACCGCAAAAGGAUAAAUCAUCUAAACGUAAAUUGCGAAGAGAUUCAAAAGAAUCACCGCAAAAACGACGAAGAGAAUCAAAAAAUGAUGAAACUAAUGAGGAUGAAAAUUCACAGGAGGAAAAUGAAAAUCUCGAGGAAUUAUUGCAAAGAGAAGAAUUACAAGUGAUUGAUGAAGUUGCAGAAUCAGUGAGUUCAAUAGCCGAUGAGGAACAAAAAACAAAAAAAGAUGAUGAAGAAACUGAAAAAUCAAUUGAAGACGAUAGUCAAGAUUUUACUGUUGCCUAUACUGGAAGUUCACAAGAGAGUCUUGAAAUUACAACAUUAAAUGCCGAGGAUUUAGAAACAUCAUCAUUGCCUGCUAUUUCGACAAAUGAGGAAUUAUCACGACAUUCGACAUCAAUACAAGAUGAUAAAGAAGAAAAAAAAGUGGAAGAAAUCACAGAAAUGGAAAAUAAUAGUGAAAUCAUUGAAUUUUCGACAAUUAAUAAUCCAACAAUUAACGAUCAACAAACAUCAUUGCCACAGGAAAUUGAACAAGUUGUACAAAAUGGUCUCGAGGAAAUUUCCAAUCAAAUUCCAGUUGAAAUUAUUCAUAAUGAAGAUGAUAAAAAUGAAAAUAAUGAUGUUAAUAAAAUAACAGAGGAAAAUCAAGAGGAAACAAAAGCAGUUGAUACAGUUAGUGAAGUAUUACAAGAAUGUUUUGAUAUUGCAACAAAACAAAAGGAUAUUGAGAAAAAUGUAUUUUUCAAUCAUCCUCAACAAGUGAAUAUUGAGGAUAUUUCAAAUGAUGCAUUAAAUGGCAGUGAUAUGCCAUCAUUGGAAACCGAUGGAUCGGAAGACACUAAUUUGUGAGUUAAAUAAAAAAAAAGAGUGAAAAUUGCAUUUUAAUUGUCUGGACAAUGUAUAUUUUUUUUUAAAUCGUAUCCUUUUAAAAAAAUUGGUGAGAUUUUUUUUUUUCCUUGAAAUAAGUGACAAAAAGAAUAUGAAAGGUAUGAAAGAUUGCUAUAUAUAUAUAUAAAUAUAUUUAUGUUGAAUCUAAAACAAAACGAACAUAAAAAAAAUGAUUUAAUUGAAAUAUUAUUAUAAUUUUAGUUUCGGUAAAUUACAAAUUAUAAUUGUUUUUAUAUAAAUUGGAAAAAGAAAAAAUAUAGAGGAAUAUAUUGUAAAAGUAUAAUUGUAGUUUUAUUAAAACGAUAAUAAUUUGUAAAUUUAAAAUUAAAUUUACAAAAAUAUUUUUUUAUUUCUUAACUUAAAAUAUAUGUAAAGUGACUAUUUUGACUUUAAAAUAAUUUUCAUAUAAUUUCUUAACUUAAAAUAUAUGUAAAGUAAAUAUUUUGACUUUAAAGUAAUUUUCAUAUAAUUUAUAAGAAAAUAAUAAAUUUUUUGAUGAAAUAAAAUUUUAACGAAGCCUUUUAUGGAUUUAAUUAUUGUUCUAUUGUAAUUAGAUGUAAAAAUUUAUUAAGUUAAUUUAUUUCUCCAUUGAAUUGAUUAGUUUUUUUUUUUUUUUUUUUGGUUCUGUUUAUUAGUAAUUAAUUAUAAACCAAUUUUUGUUAUUACAAUUACAAAAAAAAUUAUUGAAAAUUACAAAUUUAAUUAAUCAUCAAGGAAGCAAUUAUUCCAAUAAUAAUAAUAAUAAUAAUAAUAAUUAUUAUUAUUAUUACUAAUAUGGAAAUUAAUUCAGAAUCAGUUAUUUUAUAUGAAAAAAAUAUAAUUAAAAUUUUCAAUUUAAAUUAUUUAAAAUAAUUUCUAAAUUUUGAAGAAUAAUUUUGUAAAGGAGAAAAAAAUUAAAUUUUGUAAAAAAAAAUUUAAUUCAAUGCAUAAUAUAUUAAAUGUCAAUUUUUAAUAUUAAAAGUAAUUAUAAUUUGUAAUUUUUAAUACUAAAAAAAAUUAUUAUAAUUUAUAAUUUAUUUAAUUAAAUCAUAAUGUAAAAUUAAAGUAACUUUUUAAGAUUUGAAUUUUGUUUUUAUUGUUGUUGUUGGUGCAGAAAUAAAAAAAAAAUAAAAUAAAAUAAAAAAAAUGAUUAAAAUUAAUUCAGUGAUAAUUAACUAAUAUUUUUAAUGAAUCUUCAAUUUUUUUUAUUUUAUACCUACGAUUAUUUUUCGAUGUAUAUAGCAAUCUAAAAAAAAAAAAAAAAAAAUCAACGCAUCUCUCUCGAAUUUUUGGAUAUUAUAAUAAUUUUUUUUUAUUAAUAUUAUUAUCUAUGUUAUUAUUAUUAUUAUAAUUAUGAUUAAUAUUAUUACUAUUAUUACCUAUGUUAUUAUUAUUAUUAUUAUUAUUAUUAUUAUUAUUAUUAUUAUUAUUAUUAUUAUUAUUAUUAUAACUAUUUUUAUUAUAAUUAUUAUUAGGUAUAUAUCAUUAUUUCUAUAAUUUGAAUAUAGAAUGCAUGAUAAAAAGAAAAAAUGUGAUGAGAAAAGAAAAAAAAUUUUCAAAAAUCUUUUUUUUGAAAAAAUUAUCCCUAAAGUGAAAAGAAAGCGAGAGAGAUAAAUAAAAAUAUAUAGUUUGAGUGUAAUUUUUGCAGUACAAAAUAAUGUACGAAUAUUGAAAAUUGAAUGUAAUAAAAAAAAAAAAAAAAAAAAAA